AUGGACCCCAUUUCGUUUAUGGAGGGCGAGCUUCAGCAGCUCACCGACGCCGGGAUUCCCUACCUCGAGCGCGUUGGGGUGGGAAAUGUCUACAUCGUGACCCCCUUCCACAAACUCAUCGAUUUGGUCCUCUCGGAGGUGAAUUCGUCGACGCUGAAAGGCAUGUCGCCGGCGCACGCGGGGAAGGCCCUGAAGCACGGGAUUCGUCUGAACCACAUCUUCAACGACGAGGCCGUCCUGCGCAGCCAACUGAGAAAGGGGAUGGAUAUGUACUUUGGGAUGCUCAAACAGAAGAAUAUGACGGACUCGGAUGUAGUGCGGUGCUGUGAAGAAGCCAACAGCGGCACCAUGAAACGGGUGCCCCCGCACGUCGUGGAGUUCGCCACCGCGGAGGAUAAGAUUGAGUACCUCGUCAAGCUUUACCGGACGCGAGUUCGCGAGAACCCGGCCUUCCCGAAGCGCUGCGAUGUCGUUCAGGAGAUGGCGGCGGCGAUCGGGCGUGGGGAGAAGGUGCUCCUGGAGGGCCCUCAAUCCUUCUGGCUGAGCAAUGGGUGCGAGAAGUUUUGGGUAAGCUCGACGUCGGCGAACACCUCGGCGAUCGGGCUCCUCGCGGCAUCGCAGCUGAACUUCCAGCGCGUGAAGACGGUGGUGAUUAACGUGCACAAGGCCCCGGCCUCCAGCCGUGUGGGCAUCGGUGCUUGCCCAAGCAGCUUCGUCGUGCAGGACUUCUUCUCGGUGCGGAAUAUUCGGACGCUGCAUGAGCUGCCGAAGGAUAUUUGCACCGAUUUUGACGCCAUCCAGUCUUUAUUUUUUAACCACGCCUUUCCCUACGUGGAGGAUCCGGCGCGGUUUAACGGGAUCCCCGCGCCGAUUGAGUACGCCGACGGGUUGGGGACCUACCACAUCGGCGCAGCGAUGGCGAUCGCCUCCUCCACCUUCCACGGCGAGUUCGGCGCGGUGACGCGAAAGCCGCGGAUCUGCGGCUUCUUCGACUGCGUUCUUCACCACGAGGUGAACGCGUUCCAGGGCCCCUACCUCGCCAUCUCCGCCCUCGACCGCGGCGACGCCUACGACCGGCUCGGAAUCACCAUCGCAUACGUCUAUUAUAGCCCCACAGGGGUUGUCUGCGAGGCGAACGGGCGGCGAUACCAAAAUGGGGAUAUCAUCCGAUCAGGGGACCCCGUCCCGAGCGAGGGCGUCCUCGCUUACUGCCAUCCAAUCGUGAAGUUAGUGAAAGGCUGGCGGGACGCCCCGAUCGCGUCCACGAAGCGUGAAAGGGGAGCCCCACUCCCGCCCGCGCUCUGCGAGUUUUUAUCUACGAUCGAACAUUUUACAGGGUGCAAGGUGCUGUCCAUCGGGAAUGGCCCCGGUGGAGAUGAUAACAUUUACUUAAAUCAGUCGUAA